AUGACAGAAGAGGAUCGGAAACCACAAAAUCAUAUGACCACCGAGAUUUCCCCAGCCAGGCCAGACACAAUUGGCGAGCCUCAUUCACAUUUCCCAUCACCGCCCCGGACGGAAAGUUGCGCCAAAAGUUCCGACUGCGACUCUCGUCAGAGAGACAGCCUCAGUCCCGAUCCCGUUAGCAGCCGCAAAUCCAACAGUGACGAAGAUAUACGAGGCUGCGAGGAGAUUGUGAUUUCAAAGCCCGUGAUACACAUCACUACCGUACCAUCAAUCCCAGCACAUACUUCCUCGUCCAUAGCAUCCAUGUCGAGCACAACCGGAGCUUCAUACGAUGGCUCAUCGGGUCGAUCGUUUCCCUUGGUGACGGAAAAAUGGAUCAGGGACCACCCAGAGGAGGUACGACUGGCCAGAGAAGCUGAGGGACAUGAGAGUGACGACGACGACAGCGAAAGUGUCGUGGAGGAUUAUCACGCCAACCGGGACGGAUUGAGUGGUACGUCCUAUCCACAAGUCUCCGAAGAAGGCGAUACGACAACGAACUCUCGGAACGGCGAUAGCAAGCUGGGGAAGCUCUUGGAAAAAACUGGCGAGAAGUUGGGGAGCGAUAGAUUAGCAGAAAAGGGCAGGAAAAAGCGCGCGGCCCAUCCCAUGCCACCUUCAUAG